AUGGGAAUUCGGGCAGCUAUAGACCACAAAAUCAAAGUAUUAGAAGUGUGUGGAGAUUCUGCAUUGGUAAUGUAUCAGCUUAAAGGUGAGUGGGAAACGAGAGAUUCGAAAUUGAUCAGUUACCAAAAGUUAAUCCUGGAGUUAAUUGAAGAGUUUGAUGAUAUUACCUUUCAUUACCUCCCGCGAGACGAGAAUCAGAUGGCUAACGCCUUGGCCACACUAGCUUCCAUGAUCAAAGUAAAUGAACAGGAGGAUAUGAAGCCAAUUCAGAUGAGUAUUUGUGAGGCUUCAGCUCACUGUUAUAAUGUCGAUGAAGAGGAAGAGAGAGAUGAUCAUCCUUGGUAUCAUGAUAUCUUACAAUAUGUGAAGAGCCGUGCGUACCCAGAUCAAGUAACCGAAAAUGAUAAAAAAACAUUGAGAAGGUUAGCCAGUGACUAUGUCCUAGACGGUGAGGUCCUAUAG